GAGCGAAAAAAAAAAAUGAAAAAACUUCCUUAGAUCUGAGCACCUGUGCCUCGGACAGACAAGACAACCCAUCGCACCCUUCCUUAAUUCACUUCUCCCAGAUUCUCCAGAAACCCUAGCCGCUUCAACCUACCUUCUUUUCCCAUCUCUUCUGCAAUCAACGCUCCACUACACACUCAACUCCUUAAAUCUAUCUUCUUUACCGAAAUUGCUCUUCAGCUCUUUACAAAAACUACUUCCGGCACAACAGUCCUCCUGAAUCUUUGGUGUCCUGUUCGAUGAGGGCCAUUACUGGUAAUGGGUAUUGAAGGUGCUCUCAUUUCUUGUUAAUGCACGGGCAAGUGCAGAGAUGGGCCUGAUUUCUGCGUUUUGAAUUGUGCUAAUUGAUCAGGGUUUUCAAAGUUUUCUUAUUUCCAUGGUAUAUCCUGUCUCCAGAGGCAUUCUGCUUUCAUUUGAUGACGACCGCCAAGAUACGCUUAGUGAUUAAAUCUUUUGAUCGCCCUUUAUCUUUUGGAAAGCAGUUUUUGGGGCGGAAGAUUGGAUUGCCUGAAAAACGAGUCUUAUAUACUGUGUUGCGAUCACCCCAUAUUGAUAAGAAGUCCAGAGAACAAUUUGAAAUGAGAAUCAAGAAACAAAUUGUGGAUAUAGAAACUGACACGCAGGAAUUGCGCAAGAAGUUCUUUUGGUUGAAACGUUUCCGAGCUCUUUAAGUAGGCCGUCGGCGGCUAUCUUUUUUGUUUUCGUUUAAAUCACCCUUUAGGAAAUAAAAGAGUACUUAUUUUCACUUCUUUUUACCAUUAAAGAUGGACAAGUCGAGCGCUUUGGAGUAUAUCAACCAGAUGUUCCCUACAGAGGCAUCUUUAUAUGGUGUCGAGCCACUCAUGCAAAAGAUACACAGUGAGAUUCGUCGUGUAGAUGCUGGAAUAUUAGCAGCUGUUCGUCAACAGAGUAAUUCAGGAACCAAAGCCAAGGAGGAUCUUGCAGCUGCUACGUGUGCUGUGGAGGAACUCAUGUAUAAGAUCCGAGAAAUAAAAGGCAAAGCUGAGCAAAGUGAGAUGAUGGUUCAGGAAAUAUGCCGCGACAUUAAAAAGUUGGACUUUGCAAAAAAGCACAUAACGACUACAAUUACAGCUCUUCAUCGUCUUACCAUGGUAGUCUCUGCUGUUGAGCAGCUUCAAAUUAUGGCUUCAAAACGACAAUAUAAGGAGGCAGCUGCACAGCUAGAGGCUGUGAACCAAUUAUGUAGUCACUUUGAAGCCUAUAGGGAUAUUCCAAAGAUCACAGAACUCAGGGAGAAGUUUAAGAAUAUCAAACAAAUUCUCAAGUCGCAUGUGUUUUCUGAUUUCUCCAGCUUAGGUACUGGAAAAGAGACAGAAGAAACUAAUUUACUACAGCAUUUAUCUGAUGCCUGCUUGGUUGUUGAUGCUUUGGAGCCAUCUGUGAGGGAAGAGUUGGUAAACAAUUUUUGCAGCCGUGAGCUUACUUCGUAUGAACAAAUUUUUGAAGGAGCUGAACUGGCUAAGUUGGAUAAAACUGAAAGGAGAUAUGCAUGGAUCAAGCGUCGAAUAAGAACAAAUGAAGAAAUCUGGAAGAUCUUUCCUCCUUCAUGGCAUGUUCCUUAUCGCCUCUGCAUCCAGUUCUGUAAGAAAACGAGGAAACAGCUUGAGGAAAUCCUGGAUAAUCUGAAAGAAAAACCAGAUGUUGGGGCUUUAUUGUUGGCACUACAACGAACUCUAGAAUUUGAGGAUGAAUUGGCUGAGAAAUUCGGCGGAGGUGCACGAAGCUUGGAGACAGGUAACGAGAUUGAGGAAAUAGGCAGGGGCAAAAAUACUAGUCAAAGUGUUUUAGAUAUUCGAAAGAAGUAUGAAAGGAAGUUUGCUGCACAUCAAGGAACUGGAAUUGAAGAAAAUGAUGGAAAGAAAGAGUUGUCAGUGCCUGGAGCUGGGUUCAACUUCCGUGGAAUCAUAUCAUCUUGCUUUGAACCUCACUUGACCGUGUAUGUAGAACUGGAAGAGAAGACAUUGAUGGAGAAUCUGGAGAAACUUGUUCAGGAGGAGACGUGGGAUAUAGAGGAGGGAAGUCAGAAUAAUGUUUUAUCAAGUAGCAUGCAGUUGUUUCUUAUAAUCAAGAGGAGCUUAAAGAGAUGCAGUGCUCUAACAAAGAACCAGACGCUAUUUAAUUUGUUCAAGGUGUUUCAAAGAAUUCUUAAAGCAUAUGCAACAAAACUUUUUGUAAGACUACCUAGGGGUGGAACAGGAAUAGUUGCAGCAGCCACGGGCAUGGAUGGACAGAUAAAGACUUCUGACAGGGAUGAAAGGGUGAUGUGUUAUAUUGUGAAUUCAGCUGAAUAUUGUCAUAAAACGCACAGGCACAGCAAUAGAUGGGGUCACGAAACUUAUGUUGUUCAAGCUGGCGGACAACCGAUUUCCAUACAUGACGCAUUAGGGCAGAUCAACUGGUUUACAGAGACAGCGAUAAAGAUUCGUGUGGUGAUGUUUUUUGGGACAUUGACCGGGUGUUCUUUACUUGCCAAGGCCCUCAACCGGGUCGUGAAGUUUCUGGCAGCGACUCUGUCGUUAUAAGCAGGAAGCGGCGAAAAAGGGAUUGAUGAGGGUCGGGUGUAGUUGCCGUUGUACUGGAGGAUUGCUGUCCUGGUGGUGUUGUCAAAUGGAGCGGUGGUGUCGGCGUAAGGAGUGGAAGCGAUGUAGUAGAGGCUGCGAGACUGGUUCGUGGUCACCAAAACGUCCAUUGUUUGGCCUGGGGUUAUCAUGAUCUAGUUGGCGGUGAUGGGCGUGCUGUAUGCUCCGUCUGCGCCGACGAUCGUCAGAUUGUGUUGCGCAAUCGCGAAGAAUUGUUCUUCGUUCAUCACCACAUUUAUGAUGCGAAGAAGAUACGUCUUCCCAUACUCAUGCCACUAAGUGGUAUGUUGUCCGUGAAACAUGAAAUCAAUAAAUUUAAUCAUCAAUUUCCUUGUUUGAUCCGUACCCUUAGUUAUAUGGAUCGGGAUCCCCUUCAAUUGGGAAAAAAUUAGAGAUUAUCCAAUUGUUAAUCGUAGCUCUUCAUUUUAAAUCCAAUGGUCUUUAAAAUCAUUUAAAUCUCGGUAAAAUAAAAGCCAAUAUUUAAUGCCUCGAUUAUACAAAAGCAGCUGACAUUUUAUAAACCAUUAGAUUUAAAAUGAAGAGCCACAAUUAACAAUUGGAGAAUCUCUAGUUUCUUAAUUCCCAGUUGAAGGGGAUCCGGAUCCAUAUAUAUAUAUCAAAUAAAUUCCAAUUUCUUCUCAA